UAUUAUAUAAUGCUUGUGUGUCUGCCAUCCAAGUUGAAGUUUAAGAAUUAACUUUCAGCAUCAUUUUAACAAAACAGACCGCGAGAAAAGCGGUACCCUUUUCACCGUCUUAUCUUUUGAUGAAGCGAGCACCAGUUCGCAUAACUAUAGCAAUAUUAUUUCAUGCCCAAGCCAACAAACAAAUAUUUUUCCUCAAAGAAAGCUUACGAUCUUUAUGUCCCUACCAAAUUUCCCAGCAACUAUAGCGCAUGACAGGGUAAGCAUUUGCCGAAUCAUGUUGAUGGAUUUCCAUUGCGUGCGUCAUCAGUAGAUACCAGCGAGUUUAAUACUUGACAACUAUGGAUUUUUCAGUUAGCGAUUUAUCAUAAACAACCGUAGUUGACUGCACUUAUAUAGAUCGGCAUUCGUUCGGUUGGUUUAGCAAUUCUCCUCGUUCGAAUUCCCACUGCACGUUGGCAGCUUCAUUGAACUGAUGAGAAAAAGGUACAUCAGAUACGUAUGUUUUCUCGGGAAGAACCAUCCUCUUUAAGAAAUGGAAUUUUUGGAUCGACUUUAUGCAUGUAAGAAUAUUCUGCUUGUUUAACAACAGGCAUGAAGAGCAAUUCCUCCGAUUUGGUCGCAACGGUAGAGCCGUGCUGUUCUGUGACUCUGGAGCAGUUCAUUGGAUUUGUCGCGUUCGAUGCUUUGAUCUUCGUGGGCAUCAUCGUCGGCAACACGUUGGUCGUGAUGUCGGUGAUGUCGUUCCCCAAGAUGCGCUCCCCGACCAACGUGUUCCUGGCCAGCCUGGCUGUGGCUGAUCUCUUCGUGGCUUUCGUCUGUCUGCCAUGCGACAUCAUCUUCAGCCUGGGCGUGGCGGGUGAUGUCUCCCCGUGGCUGUGCCUCGUCGGCAGCUCGCUGACCUGCUUGUCCUUUAGCGUGUCUGUUAACCACUUAGCCGUAGUGGCCUACGACCGCUACAUGGCCGUCACCAAGCCGCUCCGCUACUACACCCAGAUGACACCACGACGGAUGCGCUACCUGAUCUUCGCGUCCUGGACAGUGGCAAUCAUUUACAACUUACUCCCCUUCUUUGGUUGGAAUCAGCUCGACAUAUAUGACAUGGGGUACUGCGACAUGCUUUUCAUCCAUCCCUUCAGUUACCGAUGCGUAGCUACCGUUGUCUUGACGUUUACCCCCUUGGCAUUCAUGGCUUUCUUCAACCUGAGGAUCUACAUAGUGGCCCGUCAACACUAUCGGCGGAUUGCGGCAGAGUCCAACGUCCUACAAGGGGGCCAUCCCCAGCCCGCCAUGCUAGAAAUCAAAGCGGCGAAGACGGUAGCUCUCGUGCUGGGGAUGUUCGUGCUGGCAUUCUCCCCAGCCAUUCUGAUCACCGUAGGCGAUACCUUUUUAUUGAUCCCCAAGAAGGACCUCUUCGUCCUCGAGCUCGUCUUCUUCCAUCUCGUCUUCAGUAACUCCGCCAUGAAUCCCGUAACCUACGCUUGCCGAAGUAGAGAGUUCCGCUGGGCGUUUAUCAGGCUCCUCUCGUCCGCCUUUCCCUGCCGGUAUUGGAAGCGUUUGUCUGAGCGGGCCAGGCGCAACCUCAGCGACAACCCACCCGAUCCCUUUGUUGCCAUGAACUCUGACUUCACCACAGACGACAGGAUAAUCCCCUAUCCCCAAACAGCCUCCGACAUUCGUAGUGAAACGACAAAACAAACGAUAGUCACGGAUUCUUCUUUUCACAUGCAGAACUGUAGCGACACCUCAUCUAGAAUUUUGAGCAUUGAGUUGUUGUAACAAUACACAAUCGUUAAUCAAAAAGGGGGUUAUGGCUGUUGUUUGAUGUAUGCACGAAAUUUUUCCAAUUGUAAAUGAGUGAUAAUAUCAUGACAGUUUACGUCAAAAUCAAUACUAUAGAUUGUACUGAGUUUAGUUCAUAAACUUCAGCUUUAUUGGUGAAUUGGCCAAUAUUAUUUCCUCACUUUUCGGGGGUUACAGAAUGGCGCAGUUAAUUAAAGACAUAUACUGCCUAUUUCCCGCAGUAUCUCUCUGUGACAACUACAGCAGGUCGUGGAAUAAUCAUGGACUCCGGUGUAGGAAGGAAAUGGCGCUGUGCGCAAGAGAUUUCCAUUAUUUUCAUCUCAUGGUGUACAAACAGAUGACAUCUUUGCCUUGAUACCACAUGUGGGUCAGAACUCGAAAACACGACGGUAUGGCGUGAACGUGCCGUGCUUUUUCUCCGGGGUCAAUUGUCAAGCAGUUGAAUAGAUUCUCUUUUUGUUCGAAUUGUGCUUAGCUUGGGAUUAUUAACACCAC